AUGGUCGAGAAGCCCAUACCACAGGGUGUGGAAAUCCACCCGACUGCAAUCGUCUGUCGCGAAGCAACUCUCGAAGGUGCGGUCAGUAUUGGCGCCGGCACAGUGGUGCAUCCAUUCGCCGUCAUAAAGGCAACAAAUGGCCCGAUUAUUAUUGGAGAGAAUAACAUUAUCGAGGAUCGAUCUCUUAUAGAGAACAUGUACGCUGUAUUUUCAGUUGUUCAUUCUCCAACAAUCGGUAACAACAAUGUCUUGCACGUCCAAUGCGAAGUUAGUGAGAAUAGCAGCGUCAGCAAUGGUUGCUCGAUAGGAGUCAGAUGUAAGCUGCUAGCAAAGGAAACACUUCCAGAACGGACUGUGAUUUAUGGAAAGUUCAACGAGCGACGCAUUGCUAACGAUAAUCCACCG